UCUCUCCCGAGCAGGGAUGGCGGCGGCCGUGGCGGCUGCUGCUAGAGCCGUUCUGUUGCCGGCGGCGCGGCGGCGGCAGCUUUGGGGUUUCCCGGAGAGGCUUCUGGCCCGAGGCGCAGCCGGGCGGUCAUUGUACCUUGGAUGCAACAGAUUGAGAAGUACACAGGCUGCUGCAGAAGUUGUUCUGAACGUUCCUGAAACGCGAGUAACUUGCUUGGAAAAUGGGCUCAGAGUGGCCUCGGAAGACUCCGGGCUCUCAACGUGCACGGUUGGGCUCUGGAUUGAUGCUGGAAGUCGCUAUGAAAAUGAGAAGAAUAAUGGAACAGCUCACUUUCUGGAGCAUAUGGCUUUCAAGGGCACCAAAAAGAGAUCUCAGUUAGAUCUGGAACUCGAGAUUGAAAACAUGGGUGCUCAUCUCAAUGCCUAUACCUCCAGAGAGCAGACUGUAUAUUAUGCCAAAGCAUUCUCUAAAGAUUUGCCAAGAGCUGUAGAAAUUCUUGCUGAUAUAAUACAAAACAGCACAUUGGGAGAGGCAGAGAUUGAACGUGAACGUGGAGUAAUCCUUAGAGAGAUGCAGGAAGUGGAAACCAAUUUACAAGAAGUUGUUUUUGAUUACCUUCAUGCAACAGCUUAUCAAAAUACUGCACUUGGACGGACAAUUUUGGGACCAACUGAAAAUAUCAAAUCAAUAAAUCGUAAGGACUUAGUGGACUAUAUAACCACACAUUACAAGGGACCAAGAAUAGUGCUUGCUGCUGCUGGAGGCGUUUCCCAUGAUGAACUGCUUGAAUUAGCAAAGUUUCAUUUUGGUGACUCUCUGUCCACACACACAGGAGAAAUACCAGCUCUGCCUCCCUGCAAAUUCACAGGAAGUGAGAUUCGACUGCGGGAUGACAAGAUGCCUUUGGCUCACAUUGCAGUAGCUGUUGAAGCUGUGGGUUGGGCACAUCCAGAUACCAUCUGCCUUAUGGUUGCAAACACACUGAUAGGCAACUGGGAUCGUUCUUUUGGGGGAGGAAUGAAUUUAUCUAGUAAGCUGGCUCAGCUCACCUGUCAUGGCAACCUCUGCCACAGCUUCCAAUCUUUCAAUACUUCCUACACUGAUACAGGAUUAUGGGGGAUCUAUAUGGUUUGUGAACCAGCCACUAUUGCAGACAUGGUACAUGUUGUUCAAAAAGAAUGGAUGCGACUUUGUACAAGUGUCACUGAAAGUGAAGUUGCACGAGCCAGAAAUCUUCUGAAAACAAACAUGUUGUUGCAACUUGAUGGUUCAACCCCAAUAUGUGAAGAUAUUGGUAGGCAAAUGUUAUGUUAUAAUAGAAGAAUUCCCAUCCCUGAGCUUGAAGCAAGAAUUGAUGCUGUAAAUGCUGAGACAGUUAAAGAAGUAUGUACCAGAUAUAUUUAUGAUAAGAGUCCAGCUAUUGCUGCUGUUGGUCCCAUUGAACAGCUACCAGAUUUUAACCAGAUCUGCAGUAACAUGUGCUGGCUUCGUGGUUAAAAAUACUCCUAAUUAAAAUAUUUUGAAC